AUGCUCCGACCUGCUGUGUACUCGCUGAUGUUCAUGCUGGCUUUGGCCACCUGCGCCCAAGCCUCCUGGAAGCCCUUGUCCCAUCUUCAAGAGUCACCUUCGGAUCCAGCGGCCAGCAGAGGUCUGGAGCCACACUGGCCAGACCAGGUGGGCCCGGCCUCUCACUACCGAAGACAGCUGGGGCCCCAGGGCCUGCCAUACCUCAUAGCAGACCUGUCCAAGAAGCAGGGGCCGUGGAUGCAGGAAGAAGAAGAAGCCUAUGGAUGGAUGGACUUUGGUCGUCGUAGUGCUGAGGAAAGGGACCCACGUCCCUAG